AUGGUGAAGAUUCGGUUAGGUACAGACUUUACGGGUCUCAAUGCACCACUCCUUGCGUUGUGGCAACUCGGUGUACCUGUUGAUCACGUGUUUUCUUGCGACAAGGAUCCGGCGGUCCAGCGCUUCAACGCCGCUGCGAUGCCCGCCCAGCAUCUAUACGACGACAUCGAGCAGAGAGACCACUCGCUUGUUCCAGAAGUAGACUACUACCAUUUCUCCCCGCCGUGCCAGUCGUUCUCUGCCGAAGGAGUUGCGGGCCGACCUGUCGAAGGAGACGAUGCACGCGACACGUUGUUUCGGCACAGCUUGGCAUACAUUGCGAAUCGCACCCCGAAGCUUGUGACGUACGAGAUGGUGCCAAACAUCAAGAUCAAGCAGCACAGGUGGGUGAUGCGAGAGAUCAAGGCCGAGUUGGAGGCGCUCCGCUACACCGUGCAAGUGAAGACGCUACACUGCGAAGAUCAUGGUGUCCCCCAUCAUCGGCACAGGUUGUUCAUGGUCGCGUGCCGCGACGGGUGGGCGAAGCCGUUCACGUGGCCGAAGCCUGUCGGCUUCAAGAGGACCUUGGCUGAGAUCCUGGUGGCAUCGCCGUCAGACGACCCGAAGACUAAGUAUAGAGCCCACCUGAAAGAGAAGAUCAACCCGGCCAAGACGAUCGUCAUCACGGACAUUGGACGCAGCCUCUCGCGCGGCAACUCGAGCACCAACUUGACCAUUGAGGGCCUCUUCCCGUGCACUACGAAUCGUCGAGCAAAUGCAUUGGACUAUUGGAUCUCGGUGCGCGGCCGACGCGUCACGCUCCCAGAACUGUUUGAGCUCUCUGGCAUCGACUGCGAUUUGCAGGAGAAGCUGGCUGCGUGGUCGAGCUGCAAAACAAAAGUGUCAGCCGGGCAGAUGGGGGCGAUGAUCGGCAACACGAUCCCAGUGAACAUCAUGGAACGGGUGCUUCAGAAGGCCUUGUGGGCGUCUGGAUUGGCGACCCGCCGCUUGCCAGAUAGGUACAACCAGAAGAAGACGAAGGCGGCCCCCCCCGACUGCGCGCCAGCCGCGCUGUCGAUGAGCCCAAAGAAACGAUCCGCCACCGAUGCCGGCGCCUCCGCGGCGAAGAGGCCCAAGGCGAAGGCCACGUCGACGCCCCUCUCUGCUGACCCCGCCGAGUCGCCGCACGACGAGCAGACGACGGCGGUGCCCGAGCUGUCAGGCGUGAACGCAGAUUACUUCACUCAUGUGCAGAAGCGGCUGGCCACCAUCAAGCAGCACGUCGUGUUGCAGACGGCGUUCGCAGACAGCGUGGAGCCGGUCGCUGUUAGCGAUGGCGCGGUGGUCCCCCCGAUCGACAUCGGCGUUGUCGCGAAGAAGCUCGAGUCGAUGGGCGCCAACAUCGAGGGGGCGACGGUCGUCGGCACUGGUUCCGUCCCUCUCGCAUGGAUCGACACGCUGAUGAACCCCACGCCAGGUGUCCAGAUCAACAUGAGCGACGUGGACCUGUUCAUCAAGCGCGACUUCAAGAAAACGUCGGCGCUGCCUUCUAAGCUGCGCACGAUUGCCAUUGCACUGACGGAACUCUCUACCGAGCCGUUCGUGGCAAAGAAGUUGCAGAGUUUGAGCGCUUUCGAGAAAUUACACGCCCCCAUCAAGGCCUGCGCCGAUGAAGUGGACACUGGCACGAUGACGGAUGCCCGGGCCCGGGACUGGUUGAAGCUUUUCCGCCAGGGCAUCGCGGAGACCAUCAACACUCUGGACCGCCACUACAAGCACGCUGGACCGACAUUUGGGAUUGGGAAGUUCCAGAUCGUGAUCAACAGGUGCAAGACUGCCCUCAACAUCGAGUGGUGCUACAACUACUUGUUGGACGCACUAUCGAUGGAGUUCAUUGAGCUUUCCGAUUGCAGCAUCUCCAAAAUGAACACGUGGAUCUGCGACCUCGCCCUGAUUAAGUUGAGCAGCAGGGAUUACUUCCUCAAUCAGUGGGCCCACAGCAACGCGUUCACGGCUGAAGAGAUCGGUUGGUGCAGGAACGCGUUCGCCAGCCACGAGUCGGCGCGGGUGACCUUGACGAACUGCCCAGGUGCAUCGUCGGUCGACAUUUCUAGCCUUUACGUGAGCGGCGCAGGCACGAAGCGGCGCAAUGCCUUUCGGUUGGCCGUCGCUUUCUGGGAGAAGAUUGUGUUCGGGAACGACUUCGACACCGCCUUGAAAACGGCGGCGAAGAACGCCAAGGGGCCUGAGGAAUAUCUUGCUGAAUACACGGCGUUCGAGGAAGACCUGACGGAGCUAAAGGAGGAGUUGAAGAAGGAGCAGCAGCAGGCGAUCGCCAUGGACCCCGAUGGAGCGGCAGCAACGCCGAUGCAUGGCGAGGCGGCCGCCAGCCGCACCGGCGACCACCAGGUGGAGGAGAGUGGCCCGACAACGCAGGUCUACGCCAUCAACGAGUUCAUCACCAAGAAGAUCCCGACGGAUGUCACCGACCCGAGGGCUGAUGAAUGCAAGAAGUACUUGGGCAUGGCCGAGCGCAUCGCGCGGUCGCUCACCAGGGUCGUCACCAUACCGGCGAACAUGGCCACCAUGAUCGAGAAUAUCAAGUCAAGCGCGAUGGCCAUGGCUAAAGGAGAUACGCUGGCCCUCCCGGGUGCUCCGCUACCCUCUCGCUGCUGCGGUGUUUGA